AUGACAUGCGGGGAUAUUUUCAAGGAAGAACAGCGUGGAACCAUUGACAAGAGAACGACCUUCCCCCAAUGGUGCGAAAAACAAGACGGCGCUUUUAAAGAGUUGCUAGAAGAAUGUGACAAUAGGCUCAUCUUAUUCGACAACAGCACUCAGGUCGAACAGGUUAUAGCGGAACAAAUCGACGCAUUAAUAAAUAAAGUCGAUGAGUUGCUAAGCGAUCGCCGCUAUACCAACAAGAGCUUUGAAAGAGUUCAGAAAACUAAAAACAACAUCAUCCCAAACCCGAUCCAAAAUAUGUUCCAAGAUGAGGUAGAAACUAGACCAGAAGUCGAGCUGACACAAGUCACAAACAGCCGUAUUCAGAAUGAAGACUUGGUUUCACGUGAAAAUUGUAUUUGUCAAAGUAUGCCAGUCACGUAUUCACCACUUGACUGCCCAGAUUCUCCACCCAAAUCGGCAUUCGUGCUGAAAGAUAAAAGUGAGGAAGACGAAAAUCUGAUUAAAGAACUCGAACUUAUUAAGAAAAAACAACAAGAAAUCGAAGAGAAUUUCCAGAAAAAGUUUGAAGAAAUGGAGCAGAGAAUGCGAGACAAAGAUGGCGAUUAUCGAGAGACAGCAGAGGUAUUGGAACAGGAGACAGUAGACUUAGUCACACUUGACAAGAUGUGGAGUCAAACUAAUACUGUCCAGGUCUUACCGGCCAAGCAGGUAGAAUUUUCUGGUACUCUUCAAGACCUGACUCAAAACUUGGAAUCUCUACAAAAACAGGUUUCUGAUGAAAACGCUAUCUCUCGCAGAUGUAUUGAAGAAAUACAACAAAGUCGACAACAGGAAGAAGAAAUGAAACAGGUCUUCGAUAAUGAGCUGAAAAUUCAAAGGGAGGAUUAUGAAAAUCAAAUUGACGACUCAACAGGCGAUGAGCAGCAAAGGAGGGAAAUAGAACGCAAUGAUCAGAAGAGAUUUGAAGAUCUGGUGCAAGAGUGGCGAGACUCGGAGCGCAGACGUCAAACGAUUCCCAGAGUAAUGGACUCGGCAGGACAAGCACAGCAAGGAGGGGAAACGUUUGACCUCAAAAAUAAUCUUUCUUAAAGCCUGAAACAGGUACAGGAAGGACUGAAGCAGGUGGAGAAUGCACAGAUAAACUUAA